AUGUCGACAGUACCUCAUUCAACUGCUUCAAACGGCUUUCAAGCACAAGCAGACGCUUAUGCCAAAGCCCGUCCUAGUUACCCAGAUGAAGCCAUUGCCUUCAUCUCGUCCCUGAUGGCAGAUCAUCAGAAGCCCCAAAAAGUGUUGGAUUUAGGCGCAGGAACAGGCAUUAUGACAAAACUGUUGGUAGAGCAAUGUGAGUUUCAAGUAACUGCUGUUGAGCCUGUGGAUAAUAUGCGACUCAAAUUGGAGUCGAUUGUACCCCAAGCUACAUCUCUCGGAGGCACAGCAUGGUCUAUUCCCGUAGAAGAUGCAUCUCAAGAUAUGGUCAUGCUUGCACAGUGCUUUCACUGGUUUGAUGAUAUCAAAAGCCUGAAAGAGAUUCAUCGAGUACUGAAGCCUGGCGGGCUCAUCAUUCUUAUAUGGAACAUGGAGAGCAGAGAGCGAUCUGAAUGGGUUGCUAAGCUAAGAGAUCUGUAUCAAGUCUACGAUGGUACUGCUCCUCAAUACAGAAUGGGGCAUUGGAAAAAGGUGUUUGAUACUGACGAGGCUCAAGCAUUGUAUGCCUUGCCAUUGCAGCAUAAGCAGUUCAUCUUUGAUGUGCCUGCCAAGCGUGAUCAUAUCUGGCCUCGUAUUAUGAGCAAGAGCUACAUUGCUAUUUUGGAUCAAGAAAAAUGCAAUAAAUUACACCAAGAUGUGCAAGCUGUGUUGGAAGAUCCUCAAUACAAACUUCCCAAGAACGGUUCUGAUGAAGAAUUUAUCUACUGCCAUGAUACAGACAUGUAUUGGGCUUGUAAGAAAUAG